AUACAAAAUAUAAACAUAUUUAAACUCAACAGAAGUGAGCCAACGUAGUGUCUUACUCAAACACAUCUCCGAGUUUUUCACACAAAUUCACAAUAGUUUUUUAUUCUCCGCUCUAUUUGACAUAGCGAAUAACCCAAAGGCAAAACAGUCUGGCUCUUUUAUCUCUGUUUCGUCUCAUCUCUUUUAGCCGGUGAGAAAAAGACCAUACACCUUGCAUACAAACAAAAGUUAUAAUAAUAACUUAUGAAAAGGCGGGUCCAAUAGUGCGCUCUGCUCUAGCUUGAAGGAGAAUGUAAUAUGAAUUGUCGAAAGGAAAAAGUACUUGUCCUGGUGCUCUAGGUUACAUCUAGGUAUAUAUAGUCCAUCUAUCUGCAGAUUCUGGUCAGUGUGCAAUCACCUCUUUCGUAGUAAAAAUCGGUUCAAAUUUUAUCUCGAAAACCGUGGAAUUUAAAUUAAAGCUAUGAAAACAAUUUUGUCAGUGAUGUUGAUCAUAACAGUCGAUUACGUUUGUGGUGAAAUCGACCCUUGGAACUCACACCAGUUAAUCGGGGAUGCUCCCAAUAAUGCGAAAAUCAAAGACUUUAAGGACAAAGAAACGCUAAUAAGCAAAGAUUGCGUUAAAUCAUACAGCAUGACGUGUUUAAAGCUGGACGUCGUGUCUUUUGUAGACAAGCUUUCAGAAGCCCAAAGCUUGGGACUCUUCCCCGGAAUUUCGGUGGUCAAGGAAAAUAACUCGGAUAGUAUGUCUACUUCUGAGGUGAUCGCUAACCUGGCGAGAGACUUUCCAAAUGACAUUGAAAAAAGGCUAGAUGUAUUUUUAAUGCACAAAAUUGGGAUGUAUUUGAAUAACCACGCAAUUUCUAUCAAGCUGUUUGACGCUAAGACUUUGGAAGCUGCGAGGAGCUUCAAUAAAGAGAUCGCUGAUUUUGGGACAGACUCAGAGAGUGGUCGUGGAAAAAAGGACAAAGGGAUGGGAACAUUAACAGCAGGAUUGAUGAUGAUGAAGGGGACACUGGGAGCCCUAGGAUUCGGAGCCCUCGCGAUGUUAGCCGGCAAAGCCCUAAUGACAGGUCUGAUGGCGCUGAUGUUGUCGGCGAUUGUGGGCCUUAAAUCACUGACCGGCGGUUCAGAGAAAAAGACUACUUAUGAGGUGAUUGCAAAACCGGUGUACUCGAAUUCGCACUCUCACAGCAGCGAAGAACAUCAUGCAGGACACGGGUAUGGGCACUCGGGCUACGGAAGGUCCAUUGACUUAACAGAAUCUGUGGUCAAGGAAAGUAUUCAGAAGUAUGGAAACGUUCGGAAUCGACGUAGUUUUUAGUCAAGACUUAGAAAAAAAAAAAAUAAAUAAAUAAAUAUACAUCCAAAUUUUCAAACCAGUCUGUCAUAG